AAGAUGUCCAUGAUAGAGUGAGGUGGAAAAGGAUGAUUCGCUGUGGAGACCCCUGAUGGGAAAAGCCCAAAGAGAAAGAAGUUUUUGAGAAGAGCUGUGCCUUGCUUCUUUGUGUAGUUGUGUCUGCGAGAGUUUUGUAAUGAUUAUAUUCCCAUUAAAAAAAAAGAAAAAAGAAAAAACGCCUGGAUCAAUCUAUUAAAAAAAAGAAAACAAACAAAAACAUGACUGUAAUGUUUACAGACCUAACUGCACUUGGGGGCGCUGUACUGCGCAUGCGCGGCAGGAAGCACAGAAGAAGACCCGGAACCGGAAGCAGUUCAGGUUUAAGCGGCAGUUUUUCUCCUUUCAGUCUUCAGGAACCCGGUUCAGGGCAGAUCCAGAACCAGAGAACAUGGACUCGGACCAGAGGUUCCUGGAGUGGUUCGGACCCAGAAGCAAGGCGGAGAGGGCGUGGCUAAAGAACCUCUUCCUCUUCAUUGGUCGAUACCUGAGUCCGUGUUUCAGGGACCCCGCCCCCUCCAAUGCUGAAGAUUCGCUCACAGGUGUGGAGCAGCUCAGCAUCCGUGUGGUUCAGGAGAUCCAGCAGAGGUCCAGUGUGACUCACUGUCUACCUGUCAGCUACAGGAUUCUGUCCAUCUCUGAGCUGGUCUCCCAGCAGAAACUGGCCUGUGUCAGCAAUUUCUCCUGGACCACCAAUCAGCACAGAGCCUGGGCUAAGGAGGUGGAGCUUUCUUUGCCAGGACAGCGGGCGCUGCCGCGGGUCAACAUGCUGCUGAUUGGCUGUCUGACAGAUGGGCGGGGCGGAGAAUGGAGGCUGAUGGACAGCAGUGGGAGUGUCCGGUGUGAGGUCCUGUCUCCUUCUCCUCUGUGGCUGAACCGUCCUGUCCUCGUCCCUCACUGGAACUACAUCCCCCAUGAUGCCUCUGGGCAGGAUGUGGACAGACAACACCUAGAGCUCAACGGUUCUCCUGUCUUCUUGUGUCCUGAAGCUGAGCAUGGAUUGGCUACAGCAGUAGAUGGGGCGGAGCUUAAAGCAGUGGCUGUCAGUGAAGCUACAGUGUUCCUGCAGAACAGGGUCAGAGGUCAGCGCGUGUCCGUGCACGGCCAGCUGUGCUCCGUGUGCCCCCCGCUGGACGUGUCGGGAACCCCCUUCUUCUGUUUCACGCUGACGGACGGCGAGCGCUCACUUCCUGUUCUGGUUCAGGGUCCUGGCCGUCUGUGGUGGCGUGCAUGCAUGCGCACGGGCCGGAGCGUGUGCGUGACGGCACUGCGCACGUGUGUCCUGCGGGGCUGGAGAGGAAACAACAUCCUGUGCGUGACGGAGCAGUCACAGCUGCACACCGACUACACACCAAUACACACACACCAACAUACACACACACCAACACACCCACAUCAACACCCAAACACACCAACACAAACACACCAACACACACACCCUUCCUGA